GAGCCGAGCAGCUGCUGCUGCCGCUGCUGCCUCUUCUUCCACUUAGGACCUUGCAGUCUCCAGCACACAGCAGCUCACACGGGAGUGCAAUGGCCGAGGAGUAGUAGACUUUCUGACGAGCAUGUGCGAGUUGUCAAGAUGGACUGUUUGUUGAUUUUCUUCUCCUGGAUGUGCGACACCGUAACCAUGGGGUGCUGUCAGGCUCCCGGUCGGCAGAGGAGACGAAGCUGCUGGAGGUGGGAGCCUCUGUUGGCGGCCGCACUGAUAAGCCUCCUGCCUCAAAGCACAGCGUUCCCUUCUUGGAGGACCGAGGAAGAAGCUUACACCACUGUGUUGCUCAUCGGAAUGCGCAAAGAGGCCCACUCGCAAGUGCUUCACCUCUCCAGGAACAAGCGCUACACCCUCACCCCGGAGCAGCUCAAAUGGGACAAGUUCAAGCUCACAUACAAAUUGCUAUCCUACCCUACCAACCUGAUAAAUGCCACUGACACACGUCGAGGCAUCGCCAAGGCCUUUGCCAUGUGGAGCGAAGUCUCGCCCUUCAGCUUCCGUGAGGUGCCAGCGGACCACGAGGCGGACAUUAAGAUCGGCUUCUACCCCGUCAACCACACAGACUGUCUACAGUCCCACUUGCACCACUGUUUCGACGGCAUCACGGGAGAAUUGGCUCACGCCUUCUUCCCACCGACGGGCGAGAUCCACUUUGACGACCACGAAUACUGGAUUCUGGGGAACAUGCGGUUCAGCUGGAAGAAAGGGGUUUGGCUCACAGACCUCGUCCAUGUGGCAACACAUGAGAUAGGCCACGUGCUGGGACUCAUGCACUCCAGGGAUUCAAAAGCUAUCAUGCACCUGAAUGCAACACUGACUGGGCGCAAGCUGAUCACACAGGACGAUGUGUGGGGUAUGCACCGUCUCUAUGGAUGUUUGGACCGGUUCUUCAUCUGUCCGGCGUGGGCUCGUAAAGGCUAUUGUGACAGCAAGCGCAAGCUGAUGCAGAAGCACUGCCCCUCCAGCUGUGAUUUCUGUUACGAAUUCCCUUUCCCCACUGUGGCUCCCACCCCGACUCCCCCAAGGACCAAACACAAGCUUGUCGUUGAGGGCAAAAAGCUGACUUUUCGUUGUGGCAAGAAAAUAGCAUCUAAGAAGGGAAAAGUAUUUUGGUACAAGGACGGCGAGCUGCUGGAGUUCUCACAUCCCAACUACAUCUCUUUGAAAGACGACCAUAUCACUAUAGUAGCCAACGCCAUCAACGAGGGCACGUACACCUGCAUUGUGAAGAAGAAAGACAAAGUUCUCACCAACUACUCUUGGAGGGUGCGCGUGCGAUUCUGAACACACACACACUCUCUUGGGCACAUAUUUCUAUCUUUAGUACUUUCUAUGCAAUUGUACUGUACUGUACAGCCAUUGUGCAAAUCAAAUAAACAUUCCAUGACGAGGUACUUUUGUGAACGAGCAACGCGUAUGUCGCUGGUCAUUCUCCAAUUGUUUAUGAUACUGUACAAGUACAAUAACUGCUGUUAAGCAUUUCCAACAACAGUGUAUAUUCAAAUAAGAAACUAAGUCAUCCCUGUAGUAUAAUUCAAAUGACAUUAACCACAUUAGUAAGAAAAAGCAGUGUUGUCUGACCUUUGGAUGUACUGUAUCUGGAGCUGAAACCACAUGUGGAAGACUUCAAAUGCUUCACUAGCUUUACAAGGCUCAACACUGCCAGAGAUUGUCAGCCGCUUCACCAGCUGCUCUUCAACACAUCAGGUGUAAUAUUCUAAAGAAGGGAGCUGCAGGGGAAGGCUAAGGGGGACAAAUCAAACAUAACAACUGUCUGUUUUGUUCAAGCUUCACACCAUCUUGAACUAAACCUAAAUGUACCGCUUUUGUUUUUCAUGGGCUGAAAAUCAAAGAGUUGAUUAAUUCAAUUCUAGAAAUGAGGAGCAAAAGCUGCAUGGCGAAAUGCGGAGUGACAUCACUUUUGGACAGCUGAAAAAAGAAGGGGCUGACUUCUUUCACUUUCCACUCUGGCAAAGUGCAGAAUUACAAAGCAGACAGUUUCAAACUUUAUUUCCAGCAAAAAAUAUGCCCUUAUCUUCUCAGCGAAUAGUCAUAAUAGUGGUAGGUGGAAAAGCUAAUGUUGUAUCAUGACACAGUAGCUCACCAUCUGUAAUCACCAUUUAUAAAACUGGAACCUCUAUCAUGAAGUACAAAAAAUGGAAAUAAAAGACAAAACAGAAGCACAAAGCUACCUCUUAAAAUUGCAACAUUGGAUAUGGUAGCAAGGGCCGUCGUAAGAGUUGGAAAUGGAACGUAUCAGCGCCACCAGUCUUGCUGUUAGACAGUCCUUGUUAAUAGUCCUAAUUGAUCACAGAUUGAUCUUGUUUACAGUUCAGUCCAAAGGCAGGCAUUUCGUGCUCUUUCCGUUGAAACUCAGACUCAGAAUUUGAGGCUGAAUCCUGGUCCGACAGCAGACGCUCCCUGAUUGCUGGUGGUCAGGUGAAAGCCUGUGUCCUUUAGGUCGUCAUCCCCCUGAGGGAAAAAAAUAGAGAGUUAAGCAUGAACCUACUAUCAUGCAGUCUUUCUCUCUGAGAGGAAAAAUAUUUACAGAAAUGUAAUAUUUGACACAGAGGGAAAUAUGAGUAAUAAUUUAAAAUCUAAUAAGGACUAAGCCAAGGACACAGUAAAACCUAUGGAGAUCCUCUUAUGCCAAAAUUAAAUAAAUGCCAAUUAACCCCUUUCCAGGAUUUUAUUUUAAUUAAAACACCAAAAAAAUUCAUACUCAAAAUACAUGUACAGUUCUCAUUAAAGCAUUUGGAGUAGAGGCAUAGCUUUAGGCUCUUUUGAAAGCUAACAAGUUGGAUUUUUAGCCCCAGUCAGAAUAUUUCAAAGUGCUCCUGACAUUUAGAUAUAGGAGUUUGAAGACACUGAGAAGAAUUAUUUUUGGGGGGUGGUUCGCCUAUAUAUUUUUUCAGAAACAUGCGCCUUCAAAAUAACAAGUUUGGUGGUAUGGGCUGGAAAACACAAUGGGGUCAUAGCUUAAGUUCUUACCUAAUCCCAUUGGAGUAUUUUACACAGUUUUUUCUAAAGUUACAAUCAGGCCUUCCAAAGUGGAGACCCUUGGUCACACUUGGUCAGUCUUGACUAACCCCAUGGUUUCCUGGUACUGUAUUUUGUCUUUCAACAUAUUUUUGUCGUGAUUGUUUGUAAAAUAAAGAUUUAAAAGUUGCAACGUUCAUGCAGCCUUGACGCACAGUGCAUGGACAGUCCACGUUUUCCUUUUCUCCGUUAUGCGGGACUUCCUUGCUCUUAUGACAAAAGCCCGCCCAUCAAUUAGCAUAUCUGUGUUUUCACUAUUUCAUUGGCUAGUCAAUGCGUAGUGUUACUUAGAUUGGAUGCAAUUGGCCUGGUCUACAAAUGUCGGGGGAGGGGUUGGUACACUUUUGCACAGGUGGUAAUUGGCUACUGUUCUACAGCAAGACAGGGAAAACCGUUCUAAACGCUAUUGGUUCAAGUGAGGUGUCAGUCAAAAGUUAAAUUUAAUUUUUGGCACUCUAAAAAUGCUCCAUAGAAUUCCUGUAUCCAAAAAUAAGACAUAAAAAUUGACCUUAAUCUUCAUAUUUAUGUCAACAGGGAUACCUUUUACAGUGACACUUCUGAAGUCAAACACCUGUGGUCCUUCAAUAUGAAAUACAGCCAAACAAGUCACAGAACAACUUCACUGAAGUCCUCAUGAGACCUUAGUUCUGUGAGCAUCAAAGUAUUAACACUGGACGCGUGUUCCGCUUUGUCGUAUUGUUGAUUUUUUUCCCCAACGCUUAUUGCAAGAUAUGGACCACAGUCAUGCAUGAGACUACAUUUAUGUUUUCCAAUGGUCAAGUUAUUUUUACACAAAAAAAGAUAUGCAUGAGGCUCAUCUUUGUACUGGGCCUUAAUCAUUGUAUGUUUUAUUCUUUUCACGUCUUAAAUUUCUUACAACAAUCAAAGUGGACCAGCAUCACAAUAAACAUUGUGUCACAUCUCAGAGGUUCCUCUGUGACCAGUCGCGUGACUAAAGAUGUGGUGAAAUGCAGGACAAA